AUGGAGCUGGACUUGGAUAAAGAUCAACUUCCAGUGGAGCGAGCUCUGGGACUACAGUGGUGUGUGGAAACUGACAAGUUCAAGUUCAAGAUCUCCGCCUCACAACAGCCUCAGACGAGAAGAGGCAUUCUGUCAGUGGUCAGCUCACUGUAUGAUCCAUUGGGAUUUCUGGCUCCGUUCAUCAUGCCGGCCAAGCUGCUCCUGCAGGAGCUCUGUCGAAGAAACCAGGGCUGGGAUGAAGCUAUAACUGAGUCGUUUGGAAAAACGUGGGCAGACUGGCUUGAGGACCUCCACAGGGUGGCGGAGUUUGAGGUUAAUUGCUGCUUUAAACCCAGAGACUUUGGCGACCACGUAGUUGCACAGCUGCACCACUUUUCUGAUGCAAGUGAAGUUGGAUAUGGAACGGCUUCCUACUUGAGACUGGAAAGUGAUGGUGAAGUUCACGUUUCAUUUCUCUUGGGAAAGGGCAGAGUUGCUCCGCUCAGGCAGACAACAAUUCCUCGCUUGGAGCUCACCGCUGCAGUUCUUGCUGUCAGAGUUGCAAAGAUGCUGCAAAAGGAGCUGCAACUUCCGCUGAAGGAAUCCGUUUUUUGGACCGACAGCACAACUGUCCUGAAAUACAUCUUCAACGAAACCAAGCGAUUUCACACCUUCAUGGGAAACAGAACUGCUUACAUCAGAGAAGCCACAUCUGUUGAUGAGUGGAGAUACGUGAGCUCAAAGGAGAAUCCAGCAGAUGAAGCAUCCAGAGGCGUGCGAGCUGGGGAGUUCCUGAGAACCCAGAGACAGAACCUGGAAUGCAAGACCAAGAUGCAGAAAGAGUUGGAGGAUGUCAACAGCCUCCUGAGUGAAGCGGGGGGCAACAACAUCAAAUCCAGCAAGGACCUUUCUUCGUUUGAAUCUCAGCUGCAGGAUACACAGACGUUGCCUCAAGAGGAGACUCUGCAGAAGCUCGGGCUGUCAGGCCACCUCAGGCAGCUGGAGGAGCAGAACAACCUGCAAGAGAUGCUGGAGGAUGAGGAUGAGAGGAGGAUGAAUGUGCAGAAGCAUCUUGCCUCUCUGCAGGCCAACUGUGUAGCUCACCUCAACCUCAGGAAAUGGCAGUGGUGGAGACUUCUUGCUGAGGUGAAACCUCUGCUGCAAGUGACCCGGCAGGAAGAGCGUCAGGAGCUGGAGAAAACCGCUGCUCAGAUCACUGAACUCCGAGCUCAGCUGAACAAGAAGGAGGAGGAACUGCUCGCUGUGUUGACCAGGAUCGAGGAAGAGGCUGCAGCCCAGAAGAAGCUGGAGGCCCACAUGCUACCACUCCAAGAAGAUCAUGGAUGA